AUGGCAAGACCGAAGGGAUACGCCGCCCAAGGGAGCAAAGUAACAUGUACGCCACAAUACCCCAAGUCACUCUUCUUCCCUACAUCUCCUCCACAGCUCUGCUCAGACACAACUGACGGAGAAUCAGUUACCAUUGCUUCCUCAUCAGCCAAACCAGCGACUCGAACACCCUCACGGCGUUCCCUGCGCGGCAGCGUCGCCACUGCUACGAAUCGGGUCAAAACGACCAUACCGGACACGACAGAUGACGAGGACGUCAUUGAAGAGGUCGAAGAUAAGAUUACGCUUGCUCCGAAAUCAGGGAGGAGACGCAUUGUAAAGGGCGUUGCUCUGCCGCCGAUCGACGCCAUGGCUCGCGCCUCGUACAGCAAGCCCGGCAAGUCCACCUCACCCACCGACUCGUCACUCACCUCGAUCGACAAUACCUCUCGUGAUUCCUCGGUCGAUUAUGAGACGCCAGGAACAACUCCGGCAACAUCCAUUCGCGGGAAUAUCUCGACCGCAAAGCGUAAGCGCUCAGCGCUCGGACAGAACGUCCUCCAGAUCGAGGACUCCGAAGAUGGCGAAGAUGACGAUGAGGCUUUGGCGAGACGAUUGCAGGAAGAAGAAUACACACAGGCAGGCGCGGAGCCUCCAAAGAAGCGUAGCAAGCUGAAGAUUGAGGACUCGGAAGACGAGGGCGUAGACCUGGACAUGCUUAGUGACUCUGAUUCCGACGACAGCGCUCCGCUCUCCAAGCGCAAACUUGGACGGCCAACCUCUCGAUCUGUGGCCAAGCGAUCGUCGAGUGUUGAGAACACGGCAACUGCAGGCCCUGCGUCUCGUGGUAGGAAGAUCAAAAUCGAGGACAGCGAAGAGUCCGAAGAAGAGCUAUCCGCUUUGGAUGAAAGCGAGGACUCUUUCGUGGAUGAUGAAGGGACUGAUGCGGUCACCACCGAUGCUAGUGGCACCGAGUCGGAUGUGAUACUUGCGGUGUCCCGGUCUUCCACCUCAGCUCGUAGGACAGCUGCCGGUCGAGGCCGUGCCUCCAGUGGUCCGCGCCGGCAGCGGUUCGGAAACAUCUCACGAGCUCGUGGCAUCCAGAUCCGGCAAGAAAUCGAAGACCAUGUUGCUAAUGCAAUGCUCACGCGGAAGGAGCGUGAGCGCAAGAAGCUAGAAAAAGCCCACCCUUCGAUCAAGACUAUGUGGAACGAUCUCAAGAAGAUCCCGGUCAUCAAGCCGGUGGCAGCGACGCAGCCUGAUAGCAUCAACCGCCGCCUCAAGCCAUUUCAGCUUGAAGGCCUCGACUGGAUGGUCAAGCAGGAAAAGACGCAGUACAAGGGUGGUCUGCUUGGCGACGAAAUGGGAAUGGGCAAGACCAUACAGGCCGUAUCGCUUAUCAUGUCUGACUACCCACAGAAGCAGCCCACCUUGGUGGUGGUGCCGCCUGUUGCACUUAUGCAAUGGUCCUCCGAGAUUGGCGACUACACCGAUGGAAAGCUGAAAGUUCUCGUCUACCACGGCCAAAACUCCAAGAUCAAGAAGCUGAGCGUGAAAGAUUUGAAGAAAAACGACGUCAUCAUGAUCUCCUAUAACAGCUUGGAGUCGCUCCAUCGAAAGGAGAUCAAGGGUUGGACUCGCGGAGACGAUAUCGUCAUGGAGAAUUCGCCCAUCCACGCCAUCAAGUUCCACCGUGUCAUACUGGACGAGGCCCACUGCAUCAAGUCUCGCACCACUGGUGUUGCUAAAGCUUGCUUUGCCCUGUCUGCGGACUACAAGUGGUGCCUGUCCGGUACUCCUGUACAGAAUCGAAUUGGAGAGUUCUUCUCUUUGCUACGUUUCUUGGAGGUUCGACCGUUCGCCGACUACUUCUGCAAGAGAUGCCCUUGCUCAAUGCUCCAUUGGGAGCUUGAUGAGGACCACAUGUGCAAGACAUGCAAGCACUCAGGAAUGGAACACGUCUCGGUUUUCAACCAGGAGCUGCUGAACCCUCUCACACAGUCCGAGGAUCCCAAAGACCGCUCAAGGGCUAUGGACAAGCUGCACAUGAUUACGGCUCGUAUCAUGCUGCGGCGUAUGAAGCGCGACUACGUCAGCUCGAUGGAGUUGCCACCCAAGGAGGUCAUCGUACACAAUGAGUUCUUCGGCGCGAUUGAACGCGACUUCUCUUCCAGCAUCAUGUCCAACACCACACGCCAAUUCGACACCUACGUCGCUCGGGGUGUCAUGUUGAACAACUAUGCCAACAUCUUCGGUCUUAUUAUGCAGAUGCGUCAGGUGGCGAAUCACCCCGAUUUACUUCUCAAGAAGCACGCUCAAGAAGGGCAGAAUGUACUCGUUUGCAACAUCUGUGACGAGGUUGCAGAAGAGGCUAUUCGCUCGCAGUGCAAGCAUGAGUUCUGCCGUGCUUGCGUCAAGAGCUACGUGCAGUCUGUUGAGGAAACGGGCGGAGAAGCCGACUGCCCACGCUGCCACAUCCCCCUCUCGAUCGACUUUGAUCAGCCUGACAUCGAGCAAGAUGAGGACGUCGUCAAGAAGUCUUCGAUUAUCAAUCGGAUCAAGAUGGAGGAUUGGACGAGCAGCACCAAAAUCGAAAUGUUGAUCUACGACCUGUACAAGCUCCGCUCGAAGAAGCAGACGCUGAAGUCGAUUGUCUUCUCGCAGUUCACAUCCAUGCUGCAGCUGAUCGAGUGGCGUCUGCGCCGGGCUGGGUUCAAUACUGUCAUGCUCGACGGCUCCAUGACGCCGAUUCAGCGACAAAAGUCCAUCGAACACUUCAUGACGAACCCGGAUUGCGAGAUAUUCCUGGUCUCACUCAAGGCCGGUGGUGUUGCACUGAACUUGACUGAGGCGUCGCGCGUCUUUAUCGUCGAUCCAUGGUGGAAUCCAGCAGCAGAGUGGCAGAGCGCUGACCGUUGCCACCGUAUCGGACAGAAGCGACCUUGCGUCAUCACACGACUUUGCAUUGAGGACUCCGUGGAGUCUCGUAUGGUUAUGCUGCAAGAGAAGAAGGCGAACAUGAUUAACGGAACCAUCAACAACGACAAGACGUCCAUGGAAAAGCUGACGCCGGAGGACAUGCAGUUCCUCUUCCGCGGCACUUAG